GUGCGGUGUGCAGCGUCGACUGAAAGCAGUCUGCAUACAGCCCAUAUACUGUAGUGGACUAGGCUAGCUAAAUGGCAGUCAUUGAUACACAUAAAUCAUGUACGACAAAUACAAUCAUCCGAUUGAUACUAUUACAAGUCAUCCAAUUGCCUUCUCCAUACGCACCAGUCACACUCUCACCUCUCCAAAGUGGUGCUGUGAAACACGGUGCCUGAGAUCCCCGGCCUCAACCACCACCAACACCAACACACCCGGCCGCCCAUCAUUUACACAGCUGGCUUCACCUACACUCACACUUCCUUCGUCACCACCACCAUCAUCAUCCCCUCAACCGCCACAAUGCCCAAUCCAUCACCAUGCUCUCCCGCAUAAAACACCUCUUCCGCCCCAAAUGGCCCAUCCUCACAUUCCCCCAAUCCGGCCCGCCAAUGCCCACCCCCGCCGUCGAAGAGACUCUCCCAGACUACCUCUCUACACGCUACCAUCCCACCGUCAUCGGCCAAGUCUUCAACGACAGGUACCAAGUCGUAGGCAAACUAGGCUUUGGCGGCGCCUCCAUCAUCUGGCUAGCGCGCGAUCUCGAACAGCGGCGCCAUGUCGCCCUCAAGGUCGGCGUGCAAAAGUCGUCUCUGCAUAAAAUGUACAACGAGGGUCGUAUAUACGCGCGCAUGCCGCCGUCCAAACAUCCCGGCCGAGAAGCGAUCCGGCCGCUCCUGGAUUCCUUUGACGUUGAGGGUCCGACGGAUGUACAUCCGUGCUUAGUGCAUCCUGUGCUCUUUGAAGAUCUGCAUGAGUUUAUGGAGAAGACUGGUAACAGGCAGCGCAUGCCGCUGGUAAUGAGCGCUACGAUUCUGCAGCAAGUGUUUAGGGCGCUGGAUUAUCUCCAUACAGAGUGCAGAGUGAUUCAUACAGAUAUCAAGACAGACAACCUCAUGUUUCCGACGACGGAUGAGUCCGUCUUUACAAACAUCGAAAACGCGUGGCUGAAGCAGUCUAUCCCUCGCCGAACAGACGAGACAGGACGCAUCAUAUACCCCAUUACCUUUGUCCCGCGGCCCGCUAGCAAGGAUAUCCUCAUCCCUGUGCUGUGCGACUUUUCCGCAUCGGUCCCGGGAGACAAAGACGGAAAACACAUGAUCCAGGGCGAGCCGUUUCGCGCGCCAGAAGUACUGUUAGAAAUUCCAUGGUCGUAUAGCGUCGACGUAUGGAAUACCGCAUGCAUGGUACGUUGGCCGAUCAUUUCUCUAUUAGUCUUGCUCACAUCCAAAUAGGCCUGGCAUCUGAUACACGAUGUCCAUCUCUUUCCGGCACCGGCGUACACGCCCUCCUCACCAACCACACAUCUCGCAUCCAUCAUCAAUCUAAUUGGUCCCCCACCAGCUAGCCUCCUCGCGCGUUCGCCUACGGAGUACUUCCCCAACGGCGAGUUCAUAGAUCAGGGCCUUCUGUUGCGGCAGCGCGAGACUUUUGCCGAUCGACAGCAGCCUAGAGAUGCUGAACGGACAAAAGAGUUCUUCAAGGAGGCUGGCAGGACCUCUGCUGAAGGUCGCGAGUUGCAGCGUCUCUUCAUAGCACUGAUGGAAAAGGCGAUUCGCUGGGAUCCUGCUGAGAGGGCAACUGCUGGACAACUUGCAGACGACGGCUUUUUCGAGGCUGUCACAUACGCGAAAACCCCUGUAUAACACAAACAGACAGAAAACAGGCGAUGACUUGUAUAUAGAACCACUCAGACGACCUUUCUACUUAGUAGGACAGACGUAUUUUGUACAUAGCGCCUGGUUAGGCAGAAACAUCAACCACUCAAUGUUUUGCUCACAUAUAUAAAAAUGAAAUAUCCGUAAUUCGUCAAUACGCUACAUGCAUUAUAUACCAGCGUCUAGUAGUACCAACUGGCGACACUCUACCCCUACCCGAUUUUGUCUUUUUUCCCUUUUUUUCUAAUCGUCUUUUUUGCUUUCUUGGUUGUCGUUAGAGUAUCCAUACCGGCGCCUUCAUCAGCACUUGACGGCCGCGCACUUCAACUGCCAUGAAUCCGGCGAAUCGCACCUUGCUGUCCUUGGACAAAGCUGUUUUCGUGUUAGUCUGGGGUUUGUGGUGAGAUAAAGGAAGCGGAAACUGACCUCUGGACUUUUCUUCGUCAUCGUCAUCGUCGUCGUCGCUCUCGGGGCGUGGCUGGCCGUCGAGCGUGGGCAGCGCAUUCUUAUCCACCUCCAUGAGAUGCGGGCGCACCAUCUCGCCUGGUAGCGGGUACAUGAUGGCAACGUCACGGCUCUCCAGUGGCAGGUUGGCCACAAGAGCAACGGCAAUCUCGAUAAUGGUGGAUGCACUGCCCUCAAUGCCGGCAGGCGGCGGUACGCUAAGAUACUGAUGCAGGCAGGCUGUCAGGUUAGUGACAGCCUUGGAGGUAAAGAGAGCACGGUUCUCGGCGGUCGUGGUCACAUCGAGCUUUUUCUGGAGGCCGUCAAGCGUGGCCAUGCGCCAGUUGACAAUCUUGGUGGUAAGGGCAUCAAACUCUUCGCGGCUGUGCAUGGUAUGGGCAUUGCCGCGGAUGCUCAGCUCAAUCUCCUUGAGCUGCAUGCUGAGCGACAUUUCCAGACCGGGGUGGAAACAUUUGUUGAAAAUCUCCUCGACGAGCCAGCGAGAAAUGACGGCACGGCCCACGGCAGUCAUUUCCUGCUUGGCUGUCUUGAGGGCAUCAGCGCUGACAUAGCUAUCGAGCCACUUGGGAAGGCAGCGCCAGUCCUUGCGGAUAUUAAAGGACAAGUCCUUGAUGGCCCCGUCCAGGCGGGUGAAGCGUGUCACGUAUUCGCUGUCAUCUAGGGCUGUUCUAGACUGCGACAUGCGCUGGUUGGCGACGGCAUUCUGCAGCGUCUCGACCUGUCCAUUGAGUGCCUCGAUCUGGUUCUUGCCGUCAAAAUACAGACGCUUAACAUGCUUAUAUUUGGUUACUGAGAGACGGUGGCGUUAGUACUGGCAAUUUGGCAUUGAUUUGAGACAAGGAAAGAAAUGUGAAAUGCAAGGGAGGUAGUGGACGGGCAAUAAAAGAAUAAAGUAAAGACAAGAAUAGAUACCAAGGCCGUGACGACUUACAUAAUUCUUUAAACUGCUUUUCUGAUUCGCCAUCGCGCUCGGCGGCGGGUGCGGGGCUAUCGCGACCCUGAUCGACAGCGGCACCUUCGAAUUGAGCUCCGCGCUCACCCUUGAAGGACGCUUGGCCAGAGGGAGGACCCGCGGCAGGAGGUUGAGGGCUGGUUGGGUUGAUACCGGCAGUGCCAGCGCGGUAGCCCGGAGGCGGGCCGGGAGGGGGAUCUACUUGGGCACCACGCAGAGCCUUUUCGGCAUCCUGGGUUCGGCGGCCAGCCGUUGCUGGACCAGAGGGCAUUGCAAUGGAUUUGUCGGGGCUGUAAGCGUUUACUUGGCCCGGUUGACGGUUCUCGGGGUCGGUGACGGGCGACUCGUACGACAGCUGCGAGUCAGUCUCUGGGUUGGUAUGUCUGAGGGUGGGAGGCCGUAGGAUGUCCUGCUGCGAGUUAUUGUUGGACAAGUAGGGGUCCUGAUUGUUAUUGUUGAAGGCUAUGGGGGAUUGCACUUCGUGACCGCUGCCCUCGUAUUGGUCUUCGUUGGUGACUAGGCCGGGGAGCUGGCCUUGGAGGAGCUGGGGGGAUGGGCGGAAACCGGGAGCCUCGUCGUAGGCAGAGGGGUCGACGUCGCUGCUGUUGGAAACUUGGCGGAUGGGAUUAGGCGCACGAGAGUCCUGAUGAAGUUUUAGUUAGCAAUUGAGGAUAUUCGGGGCAGACGCGAGGGUGUGCACGGCCCUCGCAGCCGGGGAGAAAAGACGAGACGCACUCGUUUGCUAGUAGACGGCCGGCGGUACAAGUUUCCACCUGCGUUGUUAUUAUUACUAUCGUGCAGAGAGUCGUGAGCGUAAUGCUCGUCGGCAGGAUGAUGGCCUAGAGAAGAGCUGCUGCGACCCGAGCCGAAAAUGCCCUUGAUAAUUUGCAAGCCGCGGGUGGUUCGCUUGGGAUAGGCCUGCUGUUGCUGUUGCUGUUGGGGCGGGGGCGCAGCGUUGAGGUACUGCUGUUGUUGUUGCUGCUGUUGCUGCAACUGCUGGAGAGACUGCACCUGAUUGUGGCCAGCGGCAGGGUAUUGUGCAGCAAGGUCGUCGGCAGAGCUAGUGGCGAUGCCGAUACCGUAGAGUUGCUGUUGUUGUUGGUGGUGGAGGUGCUGCUGCUGUUGGUGCGGGUGCCCAGCGGAGGGGGGAGGGAGGCUGUGCGGUGAAGAGGCAGAGGAAGCGAGGGGGGCAAAGCGCUGGCUCUGGGAGCGGUUCACGAGGGUAUCGUGGGAUUCGGCAGCAGGCAGGAUCUGACGAACAUCAAAGUCGUCGAGAGAGCCGCCGGGGUGGUGCUGGUGUUGUUGUUGGUGGUGGUGAUGGAGGGAGCCUGAGGCGGACGGGGGGUUGGACGAAGGUGGUGGUGCGUUGAAUAGGUGCGGCGGGGGUGCGGGCUGCUGUUGGUGGUGGUGCUGUUGCUGCUGGAGCUUCUGUGGAGGCGGUUGCUUCUGCAGCUUGCUGGGGCCGGCGACAAACUGCUGCUGCUGUUGCUGCUGGUGAAGAAGCUGCUUCUGCGCGGCCUCAAUCUCGUCUCGCGAACUCAACGACGCAGAAGGCGCUGUAGCAGCAGCAAUAGAAACCGAGGGAAUACUGUUUGUGUCAGACGAUGAGCGGUGCUGUUGCUGCUGCUGUUGAGACGCCGAAGCACCGCCAGCAGAAACCGACGCGAGGCUGGCGGCCGUGCUGGCACUGGCGCUGUGGACAGAGGAGGGACCCCCCGUGGCUGUGGCGGGAUCCGCGACGUUGGAGCCCAGGCUAGCAGCGCCUGAGGGACCAAGUGUUUCCGGGUGUUGCGCUUGCUGUUCCAGGCCGUGCUGCGAGCGGUUGUUGUGUUUGCCUAGGCGCCCGAAGCUCGGCAUUGCUCAGUCCGAUGCGCGCACCUGGGAUUUUGGGCCUUUGUCUAUUUCUAACAAGGUGCGUCGGGGUCACG